AUGUCUGUGUUAGAUGCGGGUACCAUAAAUACGCACCACCAGAGGCAGGUGUGAGCAAUCCACGCUGACGAAAUCUUUUCAUGAAAACAAGAUGGCGGUUGGUGGAGCCAAAGAGAAAGCGUUACGCGCGAAGAAAGCCGUGUUAAAGGGCCUUCAUUCCCAUCGUAAAAAGAAAUUCCGCAAGAGCGUUCACUUCCGGCUCCCAAAGACGCUCAAACUCCCACGAGCUCCAAAAUACCCGAGGAAAAGUGUCGCCAAACGCAACAAGAUGGACCAGUUUGCGGUGGUGAAACAUCCACUUACGACGGAAAGUGCGAUGAAAAAGAUCGAAGACAACAAUACAUUGGUGUUUAUUGUGGAUCUUAAGGCCAACAAGCCUCAGAUCAAACAAGCCGUGAAGAAACUUUACGACAUCGACGUCGCGAAGGUGAACACACUUAUCCGGCCCGAUGGAAGGAAGAAGGCGUACGUCAAACUCGCCCCUGACUACGACGCACUAGAUGUCGCUAAUAAGAUCGGGAUCAUCUAAAUGUUAAUAAAAUAAAAACAACAAA